UUUCGGUUGGAAGUACCUGUCCUGUGGUACCUGUCACACCUGUGAUGGCCUUUCGACCAGUGACCAUCGAAUUUUGUACGGUGUGCUCGGAGGCCGGGUCCACUCUUGCGGUUGAAGAAAGUUUGAUUUUCGAGGACCGAGAUCUUGGUUGAUUAGGAAAAAUUAUUUGUGAUGUCGAAGAAUUACUCAUAUACUUGCACUUUUUGAAAAUCAUCAUUUGGGAUCUGCUAGAAUGGAGAAAAAAGCUUGUGAAUUGUCACAAGCUGAGAACAAGAUGAUUCACAAAAUACCUCCCGAGGCAGAUAAAAAUAAAGAAAAAGGUGACAAAUCUUCCGAGUUACCACAGGAGGAAGGGAAGAAAACAGUGCAUAUCUCAAGACGACCAUGGAUCACUGAAGAAUUCAUGCAGAAGGUUCGACAACGAGAUGAACUUCACUCAAAGGUCAAAAAGAAUCCAGCUGAUUCAGCUAUGAAAAAGCAGUUCCGUUUAUGUCGCAACCAAACAGCAGCCUUGAGGAAGAAACUGAAGCAUGCAUACCAAAUGUAUCUUGAAGAACUGUAACAGCAGUAUCAUUGCAAAUAAUUGUAAGAUUGUUCUUUAUUCUUUGUAAAAACAAACAUAGUACAAAUGUGUCCAGAUACUCUUAUUAUUUCAUUAAGAAGUAGAUAAUCUUCAGAUUAAGUUGAAGUUAAUGAAAAAUCUAUCUGUAUGCUCUCCUUUCUUUUGUAUUCUACACAUAUAAAUAAUUCAAAAGUCAACAAGAAAAUGCAACAGUUGUGAAAAAUUAUGUUUAAAGCCAAUGGGGUUCAUUUGCAGGCAAUGAAAAAGUUUGGUUUCCCAAAUAAAAUUGGAACUAGAGCCACGUAACAAAAAAGUAACAAUAAAUUUACAAGUCUACAAUUGACAA